AAACGCCGACCGUACGUGGAGUCGCCACCUCGUUUGUUAGCAGUUCACCCAUGCACUUCAAUUGUGAAAAUUUACGAACCGUACAACUAUCAUUACCCAGCAAUUUGUUUUAUUAUCACAGAGAGAGAGAGAGAGAGAGUGAGAGAGAGCGCAGCCCAUUCCUAACAUUCUUCCUCCCCCUCCCCCUGUCCAUACAUGAACAUAGCAAAGCUGGGUAUUUCUUCAGCCAUUAAAUCAACCUUUAAUCACAAACCCACCUCAAAAACGACCUUAACCUUAUCAAUCUUGGAAACCCACUUGCAAAAAUGCCAAAAUCUCAAACAAUUUACUCAAAUCCUCUCUCAGAUGAUCGUCACUGGGUUCAUCAAAUACAACUAUGCUUCAAGCAGGCUCCUCAAGUCCUCCACUGAUUUACCCUUCAUUCACAUUGACCACUCGCGCAAAAUCUUCGAUAACAUCGAAAACACUAGCACAUUCAGUUGGAACACCAUGAUGAGGGGUUAUUUACAGAGAAGUUACCCUAAAAAAGCAAUCUUUGUGUAUCGAUUGAUGGUGUUAAAUUUUGUGUGUCCUGAUAAAUAUACCUACCCAAUUCUUGUUCAGGCUAGUGCGAUCCGAUUAUCCGAAUGGGAGGGGAAACAGUUGCAUGAUCAUGUAAUUAAGUUGGGUUUUGAUUCAGAUGUGUAUGUACAGAACACUCUUAUUUACAUGUAUGGAGUUUGUGAUAAUGUUGGGGAUGCAAGGAAGGUGUUUGAUGAAAGUCCUGUGUUGGACUCGGUUUCAUGGAAUUCAAUGUUGGCAGGGUACAUACAGACGGGAAACUUGGAAGAAGCGACGAUAAUAUAUGACCGGAUGCCUGAGAGGAACGUGAUCGCGUCAAAUUCUAUGAUUGUGUUGCUUGGUCGCUCAGGUCUUGUGAGCGAGGCCUUGCAAGUGUUUAAUGGCAUGGAUGAGAAGGAUUUGGUUUCGUGGACUGCAUUGAUUUCUUGUUAUGAGCAAAAUGGGAUGUAUGAAGAGGCAUUGCUUAUGUUUCUGCAAUUGAAUUCUGAUACCAGAAAGAUAGACGAGGUUGUGGUGGUUAGUGUUCUCUCUGCAUGCACGCACUUGUCUGCUAUCAAGACAGGGGAAUUGAUCCAUGGAUUAGCUCUGAAAAUCGGGAUUGGGUGUUAUAUUAACCUUCAAAAUGUGUUGAUUCACAUGUACUCAACUUGUGGGGACAUAAUGGCUGCAGAGCAGCUGUUUAAUGUGGGCUACCACUUGGACCAGAUAUCUUGGAACUCUAUGAUAUCUGGGUACUUGAAAUGUGGAUCAGUGGAAAAUGCUAGGGCAUUAUUUGAUUCCAUGCCCGAAAGGGAUAUUGUAUCCUGGAGUGCAAUGAUAUCAGGUUAUGCACAGCAAGAUCAGUUCUCUGAGACUUUGGCAUUGUUCCAACAAAUGCAGCUUGAAGAAAUUAGGCUUGAUGAGACCACCUUGGUGAGUGUGCUUUCGGCAUGCACCCACUUGGCUGCCUUUGACCAAGGUAGAUGGGUUCAUGCAUAUAUAAGGAAAAAUGACCUAAAUAUUAAUGCCAUUCUCGGUACAACCCUUAUUGACAUGUAUAUGAAAUUUGGAUGUGUGAAAAGCGCAUUGGAAGUUUUCACUGGCAUGGAAGAAAAGGGGGUAUCGAGUUGGAAUGCUCUCAUUCUUGGAUUGGCAAUGAAUGGGUUGGUUGUAAGGUCUCUUGAGAUGUUCUCAGAGAUGAAGAAAUGCGGUGCGGUGCCCAAUGAGAUAACCUUUGUGGCAGUUCUUGGGGCUUGUCGGCAUAUGGGAUUAGUAGAUGAAGGUCGUCACCACUUUGACUCGAUGACUCAAAAACACAGCAUUGAACCCAAUGUCAAGCACUAUGGAUGCAUGGUCGAUCUUCUUGGACGCGCAGGUUUGCUCAAGGAAGCAGAGAAGCUUAUUGAAAGUAUGCCUAUGCCACCAGAUACGGCUACUUGGGGAGCCUUACUUGGGGCUUGUAAGAAACACGGUGAUAGUGAAAUGGGUGAGAGGGUUGGAAGGAGACUAGUUGAGCUACAGCCCAACCACGAUGGGUUCCACGUACUAUUGUCGAAUAUAUAUGCUUCAAAGGGUAAUUGGAAUGAUGUGCUGGAAGUGCGAAAGACGAUGAUGAAACAAAGUGUGGUUAAAACCCCAGGUUGCAGCAUGAUUGAGGCGAAUGGUGUUGUUCAUGAGUUUUUGGCCGGUGAUAAGACACACCCUCAUAUAGACGAGAUUGGGAAGAUGUUGGAUGAAAUAGCUGAGAGACUUAAGAUGUUGGGUUAUGCACCUGAUACAAAUGAGGUUUCUCUUGAUAUUGACGAAGAGGAGAAGGCAACGACUCUCCUCAGACAUAGUGAGAAGCUUGCGAUUGCCUUUGGACUUAUUGCUAUCAGCCCACCAACAACGAUACGGAUUAUGAAGAAUUUGCGAAUUUGUAACGAUUGUCAUGCAGUGGUAAAGCUGAUCUCUAGAUCUUUUAAUCGUGAGAUUGUGGUUAGGGAUCGGCAUCGCUUUCACCACUUUAAGCAGGGCUUAUGCUCCUGCAAUGAGUACUGGUAGCAUAAUACGAUAAGCAACUUGGUAUUGAUGGUACACCUUGUUUGGGGAAGAUUUUCGUGAAAUUUUGGACUUGUGCUGAAACCUGCACUGGGAGAUGAUCUGACUAUCACUAUUAAAAAUUUCUACGUUUCGGAUUUGAGGAGGAAUUUCCAGUUGUCAAAAUGAAAAACUAAAUACGGUGGAUGAUUGUUGAUCCCUCCAAAGCUCUGCUAGAUGAAGCUUGAAAAUCAUUUAGAAAUUUCGUCGCAUGCAAAUUUUCACUUGUUUCCAACAGCUAGUACAUAUCAUGGAUGCUACUGCACUUGUGGUGCUAAUUUGGUCACCUCCACGAACGUUUCAUCUCGUUGAUGAAGAUAUCUUAAUGGCAGAGGUGAAACCUGCAAAUCAUGGUUUCUAAAAUACUAUUUGAGAAUCCAUUUAGAAUUUGUGGUGACAGAAGGAUAGGUGAAGCUGGCUUCCUUCAAGGGAUACAGGCAAGCACAGUAGCGAACUGAACCAAACAACUGACAACUAUGUUAAAGUCUGCACUUCCCUCAGAAAGUUCAAAAAUACUCUUCAUGGAAGAAGCUGGACGAGGAGGUCUCGAAACCCUCCACAAAGUCCUGAGAGCCAGAAGCAUGGAACUUCUUCUAGGAUGUACUUCCUCUCCCAAUGGGCACUCUCGGGAGUCAGGAGUUCUAAUGUCAAGGGUAUUACUUUAAAAGUGGAGGACCUCUGCUGUUUACAUUUUCAUUUUCUCUCGUGUUACUUUUCAGCUGAGUUGUUGCGGGCGUACAGUACUAUGGCCUUUCUUAUUCUAUUUCACUUUUUUGGCGCCAUACCGCUACUGUCUAGCUGCCAUACCACUGAGCGAGGGCAUGAAUAGUUGAAACAAUCAGACAUUCAGAACAAGAUAUAAGGAAUAUUAAUUUUCCAUUGCCAUCUUGGAUGGAUGUUGAUUUUAUUCAUGCAACCAUUUAGACAGAUGGCCUGAACUACACUUCCAUACAUUGCAUUCUGUUCUCAUUUUUUUCUCAGGGAGAACAAUUUCUGCUACCAUGUUAUCUCGUGAAGUAGUCCUUCCCUUUAACUAAUUUGCCUUCGAUUCUCAUGUUCUCAGUUGAGUAUUUUCAGAAAAGAAAA